AUGACUGUGGGAAUGUUUGGCGCUGAAGUUAUAUUUGCUUUUAUUUUAACUACAGUGCUCCUCAACCGUUAUGGCAAUUGGAAAACUCAAAAUAUUGUUGUUACAACAGCUGUGCACAUUUCUUGGUUUUUUUCCCUAUUGAUUAUCUUCGUUCUUCCCAUCGAUAUAUCUUUAUCGGCUUAUCGUAAAUGUCUUCAAGAUGGGCUUAACGAUAAUACUACAAUUUCUAUUCAUGUUUCAUCAACCUCAUCAACCUGUGAGAAGCCCUGGAGUUCUGUGCCAGGUUCUACGUUACCAAUCAUGUGGAGAGUUGUUUAUUGGACUUCUCAAUUACUAGCUUGGUUUAUUAUGCCAAUUAUGAAACACUAUGUGGAGUCUGGAGAAUUUACAGUGAAGAACAAAUUGAAAAAUGCUAUUAAAAGCAAGACUCUUUAUUAUAGUAAAUUAUUUUUAAUUGUUAUAAUAUUUAUAACAUAUACUGCUCUUACCCCAGGUGUGUAUUUAGAUUGGCAAAUAUUGAAAGCUACUGCAUCAUCCACUAGCAAUACAUAUGGAUUGUUUCAAUUAAUACUAUUGUUAGGUAUUGCAUUAGUGGAUAUUCCAAGAGAAUUAUGGCGGUCUAGUCAAAUUGAUUAUACAUUGAGAAAAUUAUACUUCAAACUGUCAAAACUUUAUACUGAAAUGUUAGAAUCCGAAGUAGAUUUAGAAUAUGUUCUUGAAUCAAUAAAACUGGUUAGUAUUAGUAUGAGUCCAAAUGAUGAGUUGUAUAAUUAUUUUGAAAUAAUUUUGAAAAAAGUUCCUAAGGAUCAACAAGGUUUUUGGAAAAAUGAACGGUCUAAAUAUCAUACAAUAUCCCCAUCAAUUGAUAUGCUAAUUCAACUUCAUGAACAAUUGAUUAUUGCCGUUUCAACGUAUCAUCGUACAAAGACACAGAGCAGUUUAAUGAUAGAAGAAGCUAUUUUUUUAGAAGACAUUAAUUCAAACAUGACAUCUAAAGAACGAAAGUUUAAAAAAAUGUUCAAUAAACCUUCAAAAUUGAAUAGUUAUGCAGCUACAUUAACAAUUGAAUGGUAUUGGUGGUGUCGUUUAUACCCCAUGAUGCUACAAGUUUUAUCAGUGAUUACUGGUAUGCUAUCAGUUGUUAUUGUCUGGUCUGAAAUUACAUUUUUCAAGAAGAAACCAGUGCUCUCUAUUUUUGCUCUAAUGGUCAAUGUGGCAAAACAAAACAAUAAUUAUGUUAUGAUACAGGUGUUAUCUACAUUUUCCAUUGCUUAUUUGGCAUAUUGUACGUAUUCAACAGUUUUUAAAAUAAAAUUUCUUAACAUAUACUACCUAGCAUCAAAUUGCCAAACAACUGAAAGUAGCUUAAUUUUUUUUGGAUUGUUGUUGGGCCGUCUAACAUCACCAAUGUGUUUGAAUUUCCUUGGACUUAUUCACAUGGAUAAUCAUCUGAUAAAGAGUCAUAGCCUUGAAACUGAUUAUACCCAGAUAAUGGGACAUAUGGAUAUUAUUACAAUAAUCUGCAUAGAUGGCUUCAAUGUAUACUUUCCAACCCUUAUACUGGCCGUAUGUUUAGCAACAUAUUUUAACGUUGGAGCAAAAAUAUUGUCCAUAUUAGGAUUUCCUCAGUACUUAGAAGAUGAUGAUUUGGUGAUCGAUUACAUCCAUGAAGGUCAUUUGAUAGUUGUUCGAGAAAUAGAAAGGCGAAGGAAAAUACAUAGUAACAAAAUAUAUUGUAAAUAUAGAGAAGGAUCUCAAAUAUAA